UGGAGGGACUUCUUGUGAGGGCAGCUUGUCCUGGAAGAAUGGGGGAAAGGUGAUCACUGCCACUGUCUCCAAGGACAUCGCUGUAGCUCCCUGGGAGACCCUCUGCCCUUUCCCCCUCCCACCAGCCCAGGCGAGCAGGGACCAAGCUUGCUUAUUGUCACCUGACGCUGGGCAGCCACUGAUCCCAUUGGUGGAGCCAGAUUCGGUCUGGCUCUUUCGUUCUUUCUCGCCUUCUCUGCCUCUCUCUCCUCCACGCCGCCGCUUUGAUUUCGCUCUUGUUUCUCUCCUGGCGCUCGGCUGGGAACAUCGCCUCUCGGGGGGCAGCAGCGUUGUGCUGCAGAGCCAGGGAGGAGCUGCCUGCGGGGCAUGGAAGAAGCCUCCUUGGCAGCUGAGAGAGGAGCCAGGGGAGCGAGAGAGCGCUGCUGACUUUGACCCAGGCGUCCGGCUGCUGCCCCUCAGCCUGGGGAGACUGUCCACGCAGAGGUCUCUCCCCUCCCUCCCUUCCAGAUCUUCCUCUGCAGAGCCCGGUGGAGCCAGUCCACACAGAAGCCAAACCAGUGGGGAGCAUGGAGCUGCUGUCCACGCCCCACAGCAUCGAGGUCAGCAACAUCACCUGUGACUCCUUUCGCAUCUCCUGGGCCAUGGAGAACAGUGACCUGGAGAGGGUCACCCACUACUUCAUUGACCUGAACAAGAAAGAGAAUAAGAACUCCAACAAGUUCAAGCACCGGGAUGUCCCCACCAAGCUCGUGGCCAAGGCCGUGCCGCUGCCCAUGACGGUGAGAGGCCACUGGUUCCUGAGCCCCCGCACGGAGUACAGUGUGGCAGUGCAGACCGCCGUGAAGCAGAGCGACGGGGAGUACCUCGUGUCUGGCUGGAGCGAGACGGUCGAGUUCUGCACUGGGGAUUAUGCCAAGGAACACCUGGCCCAGUUGCAGGAGAAGGCCGAGCAGAUCGCAGGCCGCAUGCUCCGCUUCUCCGUCUUCUACCGCAACCAUCACAAGGAGUACUUCCAGCACGCCAGGACCCACUGCGGGAACAUGCUGCAGCCCUACCUGAAGGACAACAGUGGCAGCCAUGGCUCCCCGACCAGCGGCAUGCUCCACGGGGUCUUCUUCAGCUGCAACACGGAGUUCAACACAGGCCAGCCCCCGCAGGACUCCCCCUACGGCCGCUGGCGCUUCCAGAUCCCUGCCCAGCGCCUUUUCAACCCCAGCACCAACCUCUACUUUGCGGACUUCUACUGUAUGUACACGGCCUACCACUAUGCCAUCCUGGUGCUGGCCCCCAAGGGUUCCCUGGGGGAUCGCUUCUGCCGUGACCGCCUGCCCCUCCUGGACAUUGCCUGCAACAAGUUCCUGACCUGCAGCGUGGAGGAUGGGGAGCUGGUCUUCCGCCAUGCCCAGGACCUCAUCCUGGAGAUCAUCUACACCGAGCCUGUCGACCUGUCCCUGGGCACCCUGGGGGAGAUCAGCGGGCACCAGCUCAUGAGCCUGUCCACUGCUGACGCCAAGAAAGACCCCAGCUGCAAGACCUGCAACAUCAGCGUGGGCCGCUAGGGACUUCUGGGGAGCUGGGGGGCUAGGGAGAGAUGGCAGGCAGGGUGGUGAUGGGUGGCAUAGGUGCAGGGAGCUGGCUUUCUCUCCCCUGCCGCCCUGCUCCCUCCAUGCCAUCCAUCUCCCUCUUCCCUUCCCUUCCCCAGGGCAUUGGAGGCAACGGAGGGUGGUCCCUUGGUAGGCAUGGCCCACCCAUGCCUGGUGGGGUUGGGAAGGCUUCUUAGCCUCAGCAGGUUGGUGGGGAGUGCGGGGGCGGGUGGAUUUCUAGAGACUUCCCCUUUCCUCUGGUUUCCCUGCCCUGCUGUUUCUUGCCUCAUCCCAGGCCUCCAUCUCAGGAGACCUGCCGCCUAGGGCUCUCCCGGGGAAGCCUUCCCUUCCAAGGCCCACCUGUAGCUUGCCUGCCUCCGGAGGUGAGCCGAGAGCUGUGGGCGUGCUCUUCCUUAGCCCCAGCCCCUCCCGCUCAGGGCCAAUCACAGAAUGCCCCUCCCCGUGAGUCGGGCCUGGGGGCUUCUCACCGCAGGCCCCACUCUCUCCCUCUAUAAAUAGUUUCCUGCACCGCUGUGACCCCCGCCCCCACCCCGCCCCCAGCUCCUUACCCCGCGGCACCCUCUUCCUGCACGGGGAGGGCUGUGCCUCUCCUUCUCCACCUGCCCUCUAGAAAAGGACCCUCUUUUUCUCUUAGCUUCGGGGGCACCUGGCUGCUGGUGUUUCCCCUUCUUCCGUCUGGAGAUGGUGUAAAUCCUGGCGUACUUUCUCCCUUGCUCAGAGUGCUGGGUCUGCAAGGGCAGCCGCUGGGGUCGAGGAGGGGGCAAGAGACCCCUGAGACCCGGAGGGACCCCUUCCUCAGCCGGGAGUGGGCGGCCUCACGCCUUGGGGACCCGGCGUGGAACUGGAAGUGAGGGCGUUCCCCCAGAGCCCUGGCACCCCGCCUGGCUGCGCGCUUGCUCGCUCGCUCUGCCGCGGCGCCGCCACUGCCCUGUGCCUGUGUGUCAUCUGGACUGUGGCUUCCCUGCCCCGCCCCCCCUCGCGCCCCUGCCCACUGGCCCUGUCGGGUACCCACCGCGAAGCUAGCCUAUUGGCGGAGAGGCCCUUCCCUGGGGAGUUCUUGGUGAGGUCUUUCCCGGGCCACUCAACGUUUUCACCUCUUUCCUACUUUUGUACGGGUCAUGGGAGUGGUGAGAGUGGACCCUGGGGACAAGCAGACUGCGUGGGGUGACGGGGAGAGGUGUUAACUACGGCAGGCAGCUGUUUGGGGGAUGCCAGAGGUGAUGUCAGGUGGUGGGAAGCAGCCCCCAAGGUGACAGCCGGAUUUCUGCGAUGAAGGACAGAAGGGGGCAGCAGGCCAACAAGGCCACAUCUCAGUGGGUGGGCAGAUGGGACAGCUGGUUGUCUCUUCUGUAACCACAGGGAGUGGUGUGGCCAGCUGUCUCCGUGGCAUGGAUCAGGGCUGGGGGCCGUGGGAGAUGCAUGGAGGAGAAGACGUGGGCCCCAGGCCCUUUCCCCUCUGCUGAGGGCAGCGGAAAAGGCCCGCUGCCCUCCCCUGGCCUCGUGUUUGCCCUGGGCUGGGGGCACACCCGCCUGUGUGCUGUGCUUGCGACGUGCAUCAAUAAACCACCAUGGCCUGAGA